AUGAGCCGUGAAGAGCAGGUGGGCGACCGCCUCUCUGGCCCUCGGCCGCAGCCCCGGCCUCAGCCUGCCCAGUCGCUGGGCCCCCGCACUUUCACCAUCGACAGCAUCCUCCGGCCGGAUCUGCGGGGGGCGCGGAGGCCUGGAUACUGCUGGGGGCCUCGGGGACUUAGCCCAGCCCAUGAGCCUCAGCACUACGAGGACCCAGAGGAGGAGGAGGAGGAGGAGGAAACAGCGGUGGCUGUGGAGGUCGGGAGGCGCGAUCUCGGCUCUGGAAAGGCAGAGAGCAGUAGUCCAAGCCGGAGCAGGAGCCGGAGCCGGAGCCGGAACCCAAGUAGGAGCAGGAGCACAAGCCAGACGCGUGGCUGGGACCCGGACCAGUGUAGAGGGGCAGGCGGAGGCCUCCAAGGGGUCUCAGUGCCUAGGGAGCUGCUCUGUCCCAGAGGGAGCAGCCCCGACACCACAGACCGCAGCGAGUGCCGAGCGGGGCCAUCUUCUGGACCGCAGUCCAGCAAAAAGAAGACCAGGACCAUCUUCUCCAAGAGUCAAGUGUUCCAGUUGGAGGCUACGUUCGACGUGAAGCGCUACCUGAGCAGCGCAGAGCGUGCGGGCCUGGCUGCCUCCCUGCAGCUCACCGAGACGCAGGUGAAGAUUUGGUUUCAAAACCGCAGAAACAAACUGAAGAGACAGCUGGCUGCCGAGCCCGAUGGGCCAGUGGGUACCCAGGCGUCCGAUCAGGCCCCGGAGAUGCCGACCCUUUACAAGGACUCGGCCUUCCUCAGUCGCUAUCUCUUGCCGCUGUCUCUUCCCCUCCUGUACCCCGGGCACAGCUUCCCCUACCUCUGCCUCCCCCGGCCAGGCAAAUAUUUCAGUCUUCUCGACGGAGAUGUAUAA